GUGGUUUCCAUUUUCGCCUUUGAUGGAUAUAUUUGGAUAUUUGCUCGCCCUUUGGACAUGUCCUCUUGCCUGACAUUCGAAUUCAUACAAAGACCUGGGUGUAAGCUUCAAAGAUGAGCAAUCGUCAGAAUAUUUAUCGUUGUCUACUCAUCAUCCAGUUUGAAAGCGGGCUUCAAAUCAUCAAAGACGAGCAACUACAUAUCCUUUCAUCCGCCAUCAACCGCUCCCAUGUGUAUCAAACACUCGCAGUUCUACAACUGCCCGGCCAGCCCGCGUCCCAAUGCCCCCAAGAGACGUCACCGCGUUAUAGCCAACAUCCUCUGCUCGCACAUCUUCCCCUGCCCGGCCCAGCAAUGGGAGAACCGCACCAGCUAUUACUCCUACAUGUGCCCCGGCUGCUCGGGCGAGUCCCCCGCCGUGCCCCGAGUGACACCCUCGCACGACGAGUGGCACCGCAACGACGUCCAGGACAACGCAUGGGCCCAGAGUUACAUGACCGAGUACUCGCACUCCGUCCUGCUCUGGAUCCGGAGCAGGUUCCCUUCCAGCGACGUCACGAACGAGGAGAUGAGCGAGUCGUGGUUCCGGGCCUUCUUCAUGGAGCGCCGGUGCAAGGAGAACGACCACCGCGUCGGCGCGUGCUCCUGUGAGGCGAACGGCCCGCUGUCGUUUUACUACAACCCGGCCUCGGCGGCCCGCAAGUACCUCACAGAUAUGGCCGGGGAGAAGGCCGAGUCGGAUCCUCGCAUACAGAACCCUGCCAUGCAGAACCUGUUCAGAUUGCGCCAUACCGUGCUCUCCGGCUUCUGUCAAGCGCAGAAGCUAUACUUCAAGAACGGACUUUCCCACCAGCCUCUGUUCUCGAAUUACCUUGUCAAAAGCCGUCGCAAGACGUUGGAGGAGAAUAUCCGCAACCACAUGCAGGCGUCUUCGGCUCUGAUUUUGCUAAACGCAGAGUAUGGCACGGGGUGGACUGAUGCGCAUACCCUGGAGGCGACCUCCAUGUCGAGGCGCGCCAACCUGGUCAAGUUCAUGGCGGAAGUUCUCUUGCACGAUAACGGCAUCUCCAACAGCCGGUUCGCCCUCGCGGUGACGGUGCUCUGCAGCAUCAUCAAGCCCCUCGUGUUUCGCGGCCCGUCGACCGUUCCAGGGUUGGACAAGCUCGCCGAGAUUGCAAGCUCGACCGACAACGCAUCAUUGCCGCACAAGCCGUUCAUGUACUUUGUCCAGCUGAUCCAAAAGUACUACCACGACCGCCGCCAGGAGUGGAACUCGGAAGUCAUCUCCUACAAGGCGAGGCGCACCCUGAUCGAUUCCGUAGCGGAGGACGUAAGCGACUGGGAGGGGCCGGCGCGCCUCGAGUGCCUCGUCUGCAAUAAGAAAUACUACGAUCACUCGCCGGGUGCCAUGUUCAAGCCUUUUGACCACGGCGUCCGCGGCACCCACCGCGGAGAGCCGAUCGUGCGGAUGAAGAAGUGCAAAUGCUUUGUUGGGAAACGAUGUCUAUUUCAGAAGCUGACGGAGAGCAGUCUGAGGAGAAAAGAACCCAUGUGUCCCAGGUGCAAGGAUUUGCUGCCGAACGCGGCUUUUCGGCUGAUCGAGGGCAGUGCGAGAGAGUUGCUUAGGGGGUCCGCUUGAUGAGCUGGACUACGCUGGAGCGAACGAUUCUCGAGGGCCCUGUUCAGAUUUCUCGAUGGAAUGGCCGGUGACGGAAGCAUUUAGGGAGGAUGGAGUGAGACGUUGUUUCUGACAGCGCCCUUUUCACUCAGACGAGACUUGGAAGAAGUAGAGCUUGUGCCCAGAGUUGUGUGACUUACCGAAAACUUAUUCACAUUACCUGUGCGAGGAAGGGGGAGUGGAAUACAAAAACUCGAGUGCAAAUUCGAACCUCCCUAUACGCCCCGUCGUUAAUAGAAAAUUCUUGGUGCAGUGG